GAUAAAAAGCGUGUGAUGUUAUUUAACUGCCGUCAACGAAUUUAACAAGAAUUGUAAAAAAGUGCUGUGAUAUUGUAAUGGUUUUAAAAAUGAAAAAUAUUUUUUUCCUGAGCUUCUGUCUCACUGUGGUCACAGGAUACAAUAUCUUGGGAGUUUUCCACACAGGAGGCAAAUCACACUACAUCUUAGGAGCGGCUCUGAUGAAGGGAUUGGCAGAUGCUGGACACAAUGUGACAAUCGUGGCGCCGUUCAGACAUCCCGAUCCAUCAGACAACAUGCGCGAGGUUGUUAUCACAAGUCUGCCGAAUAUAGAUGUUAGCAAGUCAUUUCUUCAAGAAGAUCCCAAGUCGUUCAUGGCACAGGUUAAUGAGUUUAUAGAUAUGUUCAUUAACAUGACACACUUAGUUCUCACGGAUCCAGCAGUUGUGGAUUUGAUGCAAAAGCGAGAAAAGUUCGAUGUGAUCAUACAGGAAAUCUUCCUGGCUGAAGCAAUGUUGGGCUUUGGAAAGCAUUUCGACGCUCCUAUUGUUGGAUUUUCAACAUUUGGUGCCUCGAAGUGGAACACAGACCUCAAUGGAUCACCUUCGCCCCCUUCUUACGUAGCAAAUGUGAAUCUGGUAUUCUCAGAUCGCAUGACGUUCUUCCAAAGAUUCAUUAAUAUUAUCACAAUGGCUAUUGAGGAGGUGUACUUUGGUUAUUACUUCCAUGGAUUGCAAGUGGAACUCUACAACAAAUACUUCCCAGAACCAAAACCAACACUUGAAGAGCUUAAAGCGACUCACGUAUCCUUGGUUCUACUUAACUCCCACUUCUCAUUGGGUUAUCCUCGACCUUACUUGCCGAAUAUGAUAGAAAUUGGUGGCUUUCACGUGAAUAAGAAACCGAAGUCACUGCCAAAAGAUCUUCAGGAGUUUCUGGACAAUUCUCCGAAUGGUGUCGUCUACUUUUCACUGGGAUCCAAUCUUAAGAGUGCUGAUCUGCCAACUCAAAAGAGGGAUGAUAUUUUGAAAGUCCUUGGCACAUUAAACGUGAAUGUAAUGUGGAAAUGGGAGGACGAUAAUCUUCCUAAUCAACCAAAGAACGUCCUGAUCCGCAAGUGGUUUCCUCAAGAUGAUAUCCUAGCUCAUCCCAAUGUGAGAUUAUUUAUCACUCAUGGAGGACUUCUCAGCACAAUGGAGUCAAUUUAUCAUGGAGUUCCCAUUCUUGGGAUUCCCAUCUUCGCUGAUCAGCAUAGAAACAGCGGUACAGCACAAGCAGCUGGUUAUGGCUUGACUGUUACUUACACAAACCUCACAGAAGAAUCAAUUUCUUGGGCCAUCAAUGAGUUACUCUCCAACGAUAAAUAUUCUAUUCGAGCCAAAACUAUUUCCGCACGAUUCCGGGAUCAACCUGAAGAUCCCAUGAGCAGAGCUGUUUACUGGAUUGAGUACGUUGCUCGACACGGAGGAGCCAAACACUUGAUCUCCGGAGGACAGGAGCUGAGCUUCAUCCAAUACCACAAUUUGGACGUUUUCGCUCUUCUUCUUGCUGUGCCUUUACUUAUUUUUGUAAUCCUUAAGCGAAUGUUUAGAAAAUUGAUGAAGAAGAUUUGUAAAAGAACUUGUAAAGAAAAUCUUACUAAGAAGCUAAAAUAAAGUAAGUCUUUCUGGGUUG